AACUCACACUAAAGGUCCAAUUUAUUUAGUUCAUCGCGCUUCACGCUUCACGACUUUCCCUUGGCGUCAAAGCUUGUGUGGAGUGAAAGGUGCGGCUAAAUUGAAAAUACGCUAGGACGGUUUUCGUUGAUCUGAUCGUUGAGCUUCCCAAGUACCGGCACCCCUCUCCGCACAAUAUACUCUCCUCAAGCCCCACCACAAUAAUCUCGCACGUCGAUAUUGUUUUCGUCCUCUCAAAGACCGCCAUCAUGUCGAAUAAUCCACAAGAUGUUUUCAGGAAGUUGCAGAGAAUGGCAAGUGAAGCGGGCAGAACUGGUGGCGGAGGACCGGCACCAAAGGGAAUAGCAGGUGGAAUGGCUGCACUCAUUGGGUUGGGUGGAAUCAUGAUCGUUGGAAACAAUGCCCUUUUCAAUGUUGAUGGUGGUCACAGAGCUAUCAAAUAUACAAGAUUAGGUGGUGUUGGCAAGCAAAUUUAUAGUGAAGGUAUGGUUCUCAUUUUUCUUAGGCAAACAGGUCUCCAGGAAAUAAUGUGCUGACGUUACGAUUCGCAUUCUAGGAACACAUUUCAAGCUCCCAUGGUUUGAAACUCCUAUAGAUUACGAUGUUCGAGCAAAGCCACGCAAUGUCGCCUCCCUUACUGGUACGAAGGAUUUACAAAUGGUAAACAUUACCUGCCGUGUCCUCUCAAGGCCUCGAAUCGACGCCCUCCCUCAAAUCUAUCGGACGUUAGGUACCGAUUACGAUGAGAGAGUGUUGCCAUCUAUUGUGAACGAAGUUCUCAAGAGUGUGGUUGCGCAAUUCAAUGCUAGUCAGUUGAUCACCCAACGUGAGAUGGUUGCAAGAUUAGUCAGGGAGAAUUUGUCCAAGAGAGCAGCUAGGUUCAACAUCAUGCUUGAUGAUGUCUCUUUAACGGUAUGAUUUAUAUAUGGCAGUCCAAGGAAUAGAAACAUGCUAAUAUUUAACUAGCAUCUGGCAUUUUCUCCUGAAUUUACAGCGGCAGUUGAGGCCAAGCAAGUUGCACAGCAAGAAGCCCAGCGUGCAGCAUUUGUUGUUGACAAAGCACGUCAAGAGAAGCAAGCUAUGAUUGUUAAGGCCCAGGGAGAAGCACGAUCUGCGGAAUUGAUUGGUGAUGCUAUCAAGAAGAGUCGAUCAUACGUUGAUCUUAAAAGAAUCGAGAAUGCAAGAGCAAUUGCUCAAAUCAUUCAAGAAGCUGGUGGACGUAAUAAGAUGUAUCUCGAUUCGGAGGGUUUAGGAUUAAAUGUCACCGAGGCAUUUGAGGACAAAAACAAAAAGGCAUAAUGAAUUGGAAUUGUAAUGGCGAACAAAAUGGAAUCUCCACUGUACUACAAGCGUAUGUAGCAUGUAUUUUAUAUCCCCUGGGAGGUGCAAGGCGUGCCAUUCAGAGGUUAGGAACGAAGGUUUGAAUGCAUUAUUUGAGCAUACUUACGCCUUUUUAGCUGAUCAAAUUCUCACCACUGCCGAUCCAGUAAAAUGCGCGAAAGCGAUCUCAAGAAUCAAAAGGGGCUAUGAUCAGAUAUUUGCCGACUAAUUAAAUGUCCAGAGUUAAAC